CUUGUAUAUAAAUAUAAUAAUACAAUUACUUGUUUUCAUGAAUAAAAUGAAUUUCCAACAUUUGCCGUCAGUGGUAAUACACAACAUUGCGCAUUUUUACAAGGAGAGCAGUCGCGCAUACUACUCUUUGCAUCAUACACAGAUUGUUGCUGAACUUGGCUCACAACAACUGCCGUUUCUUGCGGUGUGCCAAAGCUGGCGCGCAGCAGUUCUCAGAGACAUGUAUAGCACGCUUAAAAUUGACCUACAAACCCACCACAUCAACAGCGUAUGCUUUAAACAAUGCAACCGCUUAGUAAAAAUAAGUACGCGUUGUCCUGAAACCCUUGAGCGUCAGCACGUCUUGCGAGUCAAAGUAAAUGUCGAUAUCAGCCAAAUUUUAAGCGGGUUUGCCCUGAGUGCGCUUUGCCAGCACCCAUUUGCCGAGUGGGUGUUCCCAAGCUGUCGCAGCUUAACGCUUCAUAUUGACUGCAAUCAUUCAACAAUAUCUGAGAACAGCAGCAGCAGCCGGGCAAAAGAAAACGUGGAUGCGUUUGUUCGACAAUUGAGCAAAAUGGCACCACAUGCAGGCGGCGCCAAGGUGGUCUUUAACAAAACCAGUGCGAUCAAUGGCAUACUCGGUGUGUUUGCUGGUCAGCUACUCGCUCACCUAUGCCGAGACAAACGGCGAGUCUUGUAUUCCGCUGAUCUUGGAAUUGAAUACUCGAGCUUUAAGCAAUUGCAUUGUGAUAAACUGACGCAUCUGCGAUUUGACUGGGAUUCCAACCACAUGGCAUUUGUUCGGCUCGCACAAGUCCAAUCCGGCACACUGUUCAGCCUGACUGCUUGCUCGCUGCAAGUGCAUGACCUCGACACACUGAUUCUCGGCAGUAAUGCAGAACCAGUAAUAUUUAGGAAUAUUAGCUACCUGCGCCUGGUGUUUUCAAAAACAGAUGGUGACUUUUCGACUCGCACGCCUAUUGACAGAGCCACUGCCAUAUUCCCAAACCUGCAGACCAUACUGAUUGAUGGUGAAUACACGCUGUGCAAUGACAUGCUCUUCAGGGGAGACCGCAGCGCACUGAGGCAACUACGACUGACAAUAAACCCUCGCACUCUGGACACCCUAUGCGCUAGCGGCGCGCUUGUCAGACAAAAGUACAGCUCGCUCAGAUGCGUGGCACUGGGCGCCACCGGGUUCCACUCUGGGACCAGCACACAGUCGGACAAGUUGCUUCAAUUGCUCACCAACAUGUCAGCCUGCGCGCGCAUACUGGAUAUCUCCCGAAUGGUCAGACAUGACGAGGCAUCUAUCGCCCCGUCAAAACUCGUGCGCGGCAUAUCGUUUGGCAAACUUGGCCACAACCUGCAAGUGCUGGACAUGGGCACCUGUGAGCUGGGCUACUUUGAAAUGCUCUCUGUUAUUGGCGCAAUGUCGCAUCUAACCGACCUGCACUGCAAGCCUCUGGACUUUGAGAGCACAUUUAGUUUCAUGCCAGAAUCCAAAGUGUACCAAUUUAUGAGCGAGACUUUUGGCCCUUUAAACACCAACUUUAGGUUCUGGCGCGUUGGUGCAGUUGGCACGAUCAGCAUGAAGAGUUUGGCCAAGAUGGCUAUAAUGACGGCUAUUAUUUGUCCAAACUUUAUGUUUGCAAGUGUCGCUCCCAAAAACAAGGACGAGUAUGAGCGCCAUAUAAGCAAGGCACUCGGGGCGCCCGAGACAAAUGAAUACAUUGAACGGAUUCGGCCGCUACUCUGCGACCACUACGGCUCGAGCAACCAUUGCCUGGCGACACGCUUUAUGGAAAAGAAAACAACUAUUUUUUGAGAGUAUAUUUUAUUUGUUGUUGCGAAUGUGUCGCCAUCGUUGAACAUGGGGUUUAA